UAAUUUUUCACUUUCAUAAAGGAAUAUUACAUUUUAUUUAAAAUUUCAAAAUAGCAGAUGGUGAAAAGACUGGAGCAUUCACAAUUUUUUCCAUUUAGGGAACAACAUGGCAGAGAGAGAUAUUGAACAAGUAAGAGGAAUGUUAUAAGUUAUAUAAAACAGUUUUUUUUUUCAAAUUAAUGUUUCUUAUUUCUUUAAAAUUAUCAAUUAAAAAAUAUUUUCAAUCAAUUUUAAAACAAGGCAAUAAACUUUUUCAGAAAGUUUCAUUAUGAUGAGGGUAGGCCUGACAUUAUCGUGUUUUCAAGCUACUUUUAGUUUUAUUUUCAGUUUUGGACUUUUGUUUCAGUUAAAAAAUUUUACAACACAAUACCGUACUCUUGGAUGUAAGGUUAAUUCUUUUAUGAAGCAGGUAUCAUAUAAUUAUUUAAGUUGGUAACAUAUACUUUAUAAAGUAAAAAUGGCUACCUGAUGAUGGCCACUAGUGGGGCUAGGGGUAUACCGGGGCUAGGCCUAGCUGCCUAGCUACAUUUCUGUAUUUAAAAAAAAAAAGUCACUAGUGGGCCUAAGUUAUCAAUGAAUUACCUAAUAUGGGUCUGCUACUUGCCAACAAUAUAGCCUACAUACUUGCCAUACUUAACAUAAAACUUAAAGGAUAAAAGAUCUUAAAUUUUCACAAAAUUUAAAUGUUGGCAUAUGGACCAGUUCAGUUUCUGCAAUCAAUCAUCAAUGUCAGAGAAAAAGAGUAACAGCACAUUAUGAAUAUUGAGAUUGAUUCAGAGUUGAUGAACACCUUUGUAUUGGCCAAUGCCUAAGCAAUCUCUAAUAAUGCCAACAAAUUUGCAUUCGAUGUGUCAAGACACAUGUGCAGUAAUUAGGACACUGUCAGUGAAUGUCACCCUUGGCUCUAACCAUAGCCAGUAGCCCCCCUCCCCCAAUCACAUUGCUAAUUAUUCUCCUGGCACUUCUCUACCAACUGCCCAUUGUCAGCCUAAAAUUUAUUAAACUGGAUACUGCGCCUAUGCUUAGAUCUUGGUGUCACAUUUGAAGCAAGAGAUUGCCAAGAUUGAGUAGGUCUAUAAAGUGUCAUUAAGUAAAGUGUUUUGAUAAGUAGGGACCAAUACAAAUUGGGUAUUUGGCACCGCCUUGGGAUUACGCACCAACAAGCUCACGUGGGUGCCCCAAAACCCUCUAAAAAUUACAAAGAAAUUUUAGGGGUGCAGCUGCAUAGUUUGCUGAUUUAAACCAAUCAGAAGCUCUGUGUUAUACCACUUCUUGACCAAUAAAAUCAGAGUAUCCAAUCUCUCCUCCCCCCCCCCCCCCCCCCAAAGCUCUGGCAUGAGUAACCUUGUCAGAACUUUUUGUGCUGCCACAUGGUCCACAGUAAACGUUUUCUUGUGUUAACCCACUUGGCUUUGUCAAGAAACUCUUUAGUUCAAGGCUUCAACUUCAAGCAGUUAUUGAAGUAAGUAUUAACACUGUUUGAUAAAUUAUAUUUUUACUUAAGAUUUUAUUAUGACUUUUUUUUUUCGAAGUGUCUUCAUGUCCGGCGACUGGACGAUAAGUUCUUGAGAUAUUCCUCCGGCUAAUAUAUAUUCGACCAAGUCGCAUGACGGCUAUAACAAAGUUGAGCGAGGUAUUUGUCAGCCUUGUCACAUGACUGCCAAUAGUCUAUCAGAGUUUCUGGUACUUGAACAAAUUUAAGAUAGUCUGGAUAUUUACUUGAAAAAAAUAUGUUCAAUUCUACAAAAUAAAUACUAGAACCAUUGUUUGGUAUAUAUAAUAUAUAUAAUUCGCCAGAAACAAGACGACCACUCAGGCUAUAUAUAGAUAUACGCCAGAGCACGCUCGCAGCGUCUUAAAUGUGCGUAACUGGAGUUCACGUUUUGUCAAGUAACUUUAGUACAUGGGAAGUUCAUGCAUUUCUGUCGCCAAUAUUUGGCAGGCUCCAUCUAGUAUAUUGAAAAAAUGGUUAAAUAAAGUGUGACAGUGACAUGAUCGCCGGAGAAUAUCUCUCGCACUAUUUGGCAGGACAUGUAGACACUGCCUUUUUUAUUUAUUUUUUAACAUUAAUAGUAAAAGAUUGUGAUAUUCCAUGCCAUCAUGGAGAAUUGUUAGAGUGUAACCAUGUUGGCAAAACUGUAUUAGCAAUAAUUUAUUUUGUACCUUUAACACUGUUGAUUAUUAUUAUUAAAUCUAUUAAUUAGAUUAAUUUGUAUUAAAUUAGUUUCCAAUUUAAUUAAUAUUAUGGCUAAUAUUUCCAGCCACGUGCUAAGGCUGAAAUAGCUUCAUGAAAUCUUUAAAAUUGACUUAAGAAAUAUAUUACCUUACUUAGUAGCUUAUUGUAAAUAAGCUCAUCUCAAUCAUUAAGAUUUUAGUUAUGAGUUAUUGUGAUAAAUAUGGAGCAUAAAAACAUAUUGAGAAAAUUUGCAAACUGCCGCAUGUUUUUUCAAUUGCAGGAUCGUGGGAAGCUUCAAAAAAUGUCAGAGAAAUAGUUAAUUAUGUAAGGAAGAAGACUACUAAGCAGUUAUUAAAAAUGAGAUGCUUCUACGCACUUCUGGUAAAAUUCACUUAAAGCCUCCACCUACCUUCAACCAAUAAUAUCCACCUAUUGGCAACCUACAGGAGACUUAACCAUUCAUAUCUCCUUGUGCGCAUGUGUGAACACUUGUUACAACUCUGAUGAACUACAAAGAACAGGCAGACUAUCCAUACUAGUCAUUCCUCUCCAACACCAUCGGCAGCCUGAGCCCUUCUAAAGAUGAUGAAUAUUUUAGAUGCUGACAUUCUGUGGGCUCAUACCGAGUCAAAUGGGAUACUGGUAAAAUUUGCUGUGUGUAUAAGUUACGGUUCAUCAACGAUAGAGGAGCUGGAAAACAAAGACUUGGUGAAACAUGAUCUAGUGCCUAAUGCCCUGUUUUCAACUUUUGAGGAUUUUAAAUAUCAAAUAAACAAAUAUUUAAUUCCUUAAGUGGUAUUUGUUUUAGUUUGUGAAGUGUGAUUCUGAAAUACUCUCUGUUUAAGGAUAAACAUGUGCUUUGUUGUGAAGAAAUAUUUUUGAAUUAUAAGAAUGUAAAAUCACUGGCACUUAAAGAUCUAAUUAACCCUAUUUGUAAUUGUUUGUGGCCUAUGUUCACAUUGGCUUUGUAGGCCUAUUUUACAUAUAUUAUCAUAUAUUAAAUAGCAUUUGCUUUAAUCUACUUGAAUAAAAAAUAUUGAUGUUUUUAAAAAGAGUUCUUUUGAUUGUAAUAAUCAGUAAUGAAUCAACACAUUCAGUUUCUCGCUUUAAAGGAGUAGAUCGAUAGCCUGGAUUUUGAAAAUGUCAUUUCUGAUUGCCAAUGCUUGAUUUCAAUUAAAUUAACUCGACCUUAACAAGGCUGAGAUGCAUGUUACCCUGGUUAAGCCAAGAAAAAGCUUCUUAUUCGACUAUAUUAAAAUGUGCAUAUAAUUGGCUCAUAAAAAUUUAUUUUUUUAUAGAGAAUUGCUGUCUACAGACCCAGUGAUGAUGAGGAGAGGGAUGAUGAUGACUCUUUACAGGAUCCAGAAAUGGUUAUAAAGCAUCCCUUACAGAAUUCAUGGGCUAUGUGGUUUUUCAAAAAUGACAAAGGCAGAGACUGGAAAGACAAUUUGAGGGUGAUAACCACUUUUGACACAGUUGAAGACUUUUGGGGGUAAGUUUUACUACAGCUGUUUAUGAUUUCUGUGAAGUUGCUGGUAGUAUAUUUUAGCCAUAUUUUUGUGAAAACUUUACAGGUUUGUGUACAUAAUGGCAAUAACUAAAUGUAUUUGUCAACAGCAGCAUUUGGUAGAUAGUAAAGCUCCUAACAAUUAGUUUUCUAGUGUUAUAUUUAUGGAUGUCCUCAUAAUUAAAAUUCAUUUGACCUUUCAGUACACCACUAAUAGUUAUAGACAUAAAUCCAAGGCCAUUGGGAAUCAGUUUUGUUGUGUAUGGUUUUUCACUGUUGAAUAUUUUGGUCUGACCUGUUGCUGUAUAUUUAGGUUGACCAGUUCAAGAGGGAGGUUUUAUAGCUAAUUAUUUCAUAAUUCAUAAACUAAUUGGCAAAAUUUCACCUUUAUAAGUCAGUGCCCAGCUUUAAUAUUGUUGUAGAGAGUUAUGAAUAUAUAAUAAUAAAACAUUACAGCUCUAAUUCAUUUAUUUUUUUCUUUUUGUAAGAUAGUUUUGUAAUGUUUUUUUUCUAUCUACAUACAGCCUCUACAACCAUACACUACCUGCUAGUAAACUUCAAACUGGGUGUGAUUACAGUGUGUUUAAGGUAAGCUCUUUUAAUAAUCUAAAAAAGUUUUUUAUUUCAUGUGUACGGUACAGUGAAUUACUGGUACGAUGAUACUUUCAGCAUUCUUUAGAUCAUCCAUCUCAUUUAAAAAAAAAAAUGUUUUUCUGUUCACUUAAUAACUUUAAAAAUGUUGUUUCUUACUGUAUAUUUCACUCACUUUUUAUAGGCUGGUAUUCAACCUAUGUGGGAAGAUGCGCAGAAUAAAAAAGGUGGAAGGUGGCUUAUUAAUCUAAAUAAAUCUCAGCGUCAGACCCAUUUAGAUGACUUCUGGUUAGAAACUGUAAGUAUACACAUCUUAAUUAAUCUAUGGCCCAUCAGGAGUAUUUCAUCUGGCAGCCCUAAAAGAACCUGGCUAACAGUGACAGAUAUAUAUUCUCGAAGAUUGGCAAAAGCUGGCCCUUUCAUUUUAAUACUAAGUUUAAGUUGGAUAUGUUUAUUUCUUCACUUAAAAUAUACGUUGUGCAUACAAUUCAUUAAUAUUUUUUCUCAAAUAUAGUCCAACCCCCAGCAGUGUGAUGUGUCAGAAAACACUAGUCGGUACCUUGUUUACAAAAAGUUUGAAUACCCCUGGUUUAACAUAUAGCAGCAUACACAGAUUAUUGUAUGUGUAUUUUUGGUGGAUGAUUUAAAGCUUACAUAUCAGUCAAAGGCUGACAACACAGGGAAGUUUUAUUUGAAAUGUAUUUGCAUUUUCAGCUACUGUGCCUGAUAGGAGAAGGCUUUGAUGAACAUUCUGAUGACAUUUGUGGGGCAACUGUUAAUAUUAGAACAAAGGGAGACAAGCUUGGCCUUUGGACAAGAGAUGCAACAAAAAUAGAAGCUACAAAGAAAAUAGGGUAAAUUUUACCAUCUUAAGGAAUAUUAUUCAGUGCUACAGUUUAUCAAUUCUUUGCUCUAUGAUGUCAGUGCCUCCUGUAUAUAAGAUAUUUAAAUGCUUUAGUUUUAUCUUGACCGUGACUGCAUCUUGGCACAUAUCUGAUUAUGAUAUUCUGUUUCAUCUCAUAUAAUAAAAAGCUUUGGAUUCCGUCUGCCCGGGGUAGGGAAUAAACCCGAGUCAUUCACAUUGAUCAUGUAAGAGGUUCUUACACUUACUUACCAAGCAAUGUGAUGUCUUGCUUAAAAGAAAUAUAAUGAAUCCCUUCUGUCAUAGGCUUCCAUUGAUAUUUUCCCCACAAUGAAACUGAUAUGCAAACCCUUAGUCAGAUCAUAAACUAUAGGUAUUUAAUGUUAACUUGAACUGUGUUUACCUUUCAAUUAUCUGACUUGGGGAUCUGUAACCUUUUGGUGGUGUGCCAUAAGAGAAUUUAUAAUUCAUUCAUCGUCCCAUUAAUCCAUAUCAUUCUACCUUGUUUGUAGGAUCCAGUUUUUAUAGUUUUAAUUUAGUUAUUUUUGUCUUCCAUUAAAAUUUGCUCUGUGCUACCUCUGGAACAUACGACAUAGAUUUCAGAACCCUGAUCUAGUUUAUCAAGUAUAUGUAGUGAUAUUGAAAGGUGCUUUAAUACUAAGUCCCCCAUUGACAGGUUAAGUAAAUUUUAUGUUUUAAACUCAAAAUUUUAAAACAAUUAUUUUUCAGUCAAAAAUUGAAAGAGUCAUUAAAUGUACCCGCAAAGAUUGUCAUUGGAUUCCAGGUACAUAGUAUUCCUUUGUCUUUUCUGUUAUAUUAUCUAUGGCUUAUCUGUUUUAAAGGUUUUUGAUUAACUUAGCAACAAUUCCCCCCCCCCCAAAAAAAAAAAAGUUUGAUGCAUUAGUUUCCCUAAUAAAUUAUCAUAUUCCAGGUACAUAGUAUUCCUUUUUUUUUUCUGUUAUAUUAUCUAUGGCUUAUCUGUUUUAAAGGUUUUUGAUUAACUUAGCAACAAUUCCCCCCCCCCCAAAAAAAAAAAAAGUUUGAUGCAUUAGUUUCCCUAAUAAAUUAUCAUUAUAUACUUCUAGAGGCGGUUUGGGUGGGGCUAUUUUAGUAGCAUCUUUUACACAUUUGUUUGCUAUUUUCAAUUUCAGGCCCACUCUGACACUGCUGGAAAGGCAGGCUCUACUGUUAAAAAUCGGUUUGUGGUAUAACAUUGGCCCAUGUUCUAGUAAAAUAUCUUGUUCUAUCUGCUUCUUGACUGGAUGCUAAAGGCCAUAAUGACCAUCUAGACAUGAGACAUUACUGUACAGAUGGUUAUUACUGGAGCUCACAAAAUGUUUGAAAAGUCGAAUGAUUGGAUUUUGCAUUACCUAAUAAUGUUGAUUUCAAGGGACUCUGACAGUUGUAUGGUUUUUCUGCUAAUAAGUUUUUGGUUAAAUACUUUGGUUUGUUUCCUUUGGGUAUGAUGCUCAAAUAAUGGUCAUUGUUUUGCUGAAAUAUUAUAACGUUUGUUGUGUUAGGACAGUUAUUGUGCAAAUAAUCAAAUCUUUUCAAAUAAUUUUAAUUUUUCUAUAGCUUGAACAGAACUUGUCAUUUUUCAUUCUGGUCAUUUUCCGCUUACUUCGGGAAAAUACAUUAUGUUAAUUUCUUCACACUUUUAGGGAUACCCAUGAAUUUAGCAAGGCUGAGUAUUUGAUAAAAUACUUUAUUACUGUCACUGACUGAUAAUGUUGUCUGGCAUGCGUGUUGAAUGUAUUUAUUUAUCACUGACACUUGUACAUUUAAGGUAUGGGUUGUAUGCUUGUAAAUAGCGGACACGUGUUGUGUAUAUAUGAUCUCUAGAAGUGUGUUUGAAAAGCUUUCAGUGAUUCUCAAAGAGACAGUUUUCUUUCAUAAUUUUUUUCCAUCGGUAAUCAGAGAUAUUGUUAAACUAUUUGUAGAAUUUACUCAAACAAGAUGCACCCAUGAGAUAUAUGUUACCAUAAGUGGGUCAUCUUCCUUUACCUGAUGUAUCUUAUAAUGUCGAGAGCACCCCCCAGCCUGUCAGAGCCCCAAGAGUUGUACAGAAUAGUAUGUGUGUAGGAUUAUCUGAAUUCAUUGUUGCAAAUGAUUCUUCAUCUUCUAAGGAGCAAGGCUAUGAAUGAAGGGAUAAGUUGAGUGACUUUCUAAGCCCUUUAGAUAGUUGAUGUAAAUAUGAUCAGUGAAUGGAAAGAAUUGUAUCAGCUUGGCUGGUGAUGUAGGCAUGUCAUCCCAAUGUCAAGGUCUCUCUGUCCAGUGGGGACUAAUGCUGUAUGACAUUUUCAUUUCUUUUGGGUUCAGUUGUUUAUUAUCUUCAGUUUAAUUUUUAGAUUUGUAAAAAAAUUAAUUUGAUUAUUAAUGAUGUAUGAAUCUUACAAUAAACCUUUGAAAGUUGACUCCC